CCCUACUAUGUAAUCAUGUUUCUUGCACGUUGCUUACUACCAGGCAUACAAUUUUAUGUUUACUACUGAUGUGGGCUAAUUGCAGGAAUUCUCGCUUCUGGCAAACGUUCCUUUGAAUCCGCCAGAGGGUCUUUUAUAAGCACCGUGUUCUUCAUGAAAACCGGUAGACGCAAAUAUCAGUUCAGUUUCAGUAGGACAGGAACACACAAAAGGGCCAUUUGAAGUGUCUGCAACAUUUCAAGUACCAACCUCCUAUUCCCUCUCAGGAGAUCUGUCCCACUAGGAUGUCACCGAUGAUGGGACGUAGGCAUCCGUGUUUUCAGCAAUACAGACAUGUCUCUAACAUGGGCAACCUUUGUCUUCCGGUUGCUGCGAAUUUGCCCAGCAGAGCGGGUGUUGUCUACGUACCGGUGACUGGUAUCUUCCAUUAAGAAGACUGAUUCUGUCUUGGCGUGUAUUGGGUUGUCAUUUGUCCAUACCUCCCAAACAGGCAGCCGAUCAGAUGAUGGGACUCGGGGAGCGGGGCAUGUCAGCGCGUCUCGGAAGCAACCACAUCACCUUGCGCGAGACAAACACACACACGUAAAUGAGUGAGGGCUCCGAAAUGGGCGAAGAGUUCGCUCUCCGGGUGUCCACAAGACCCGCAACAUGGCUUUGUCCCGUCUGCACCUAUGUCUUUCAGCAGACUAAACACUAUGGAAAAGUGAAAAGAGUUGUUCCAGACGUCCAGACCCUAGAGGGAUUUCGGCAGGCUGCCCUUGACAAGUGUUUCGUCUGCUAUCGGAUCUGGAACAUCGGCGAGGGCUCCUCUCGAGCCUGGGUAGCUAUGCAACCAGAUGCGUGA